AUGAUUGCUGGUGUGCUAGGAGGGAACGCCAAUGGAGUUGGGAUUGGUGCUAACAGGCAGUUGGGGGAAUUUCAGGGGAACGAUCCUCCGUUAUUCAAAGGCACUCAUGAUACUGAAGAUGCUCAGAAGUGGCAGAAGGAAAUCGAGAGGAUUUUCCGGGUUAUCGAUUGCGCUGAGAAUCUGAAGGUAAGGCGGUACUUUCCGGAAGAUGUUCGGGGAAGGAAAGAGAUUGAGUUUUUGGAGCUGGAGCAAGGUAAUAUGACAGUGCCGGAGUAUGCUUCCAAGUUUGUUGUGUUGGUGAAGUACCACACCCACUACAAUAAUGACGAGGCGAGCGAAUUCUCAAAAUUUAUCAAAUUCGAGAAUGGCCUCCGCGACGAAAUCAAACAAGGCAUCAGGUAUCAGAGGAUUCGUCGGUUUGCUGAUUUAGUGGGGAUUGUAGCAGAAUUUUUCGAAGACGAUAAUGUUAAGGUGAAGUCAUCUCAUUCUCGCGAUUUGGUUGACAAGAAAGGUAAGAAGCCUAUGGAUCGAGGUAAUCCAUAUGGUAGAGGAAAUCCUAAAGCUAGUGACUGGAAGAAGCCUAGUGGGGGAGACUAUAAUGCUUUUGUUAGGUGCUAUAAUUGUGGUGAAGUUAGAUAUCGUAGGAAUGAGUGCAAGGUGGAACAAAAGAAGUGCUUUAAGUGUGGUAAGGUGGGUCAUGUUACUGCUGAGUGUAGAAUGAAGACUGUGACUUGCUACAAUUGCAGCGAAGAGGGUCAUAUCAGUCCACAAUGCACAAGACCAAAGAAGAACCAAUCUGGUGGAAAGGUUUUUUGCUUUGUUUGGGUCAGAGACUACUCCCGAGGAUCAACUGAUUAA